AUGGGCCUCAAGCGUGGGAAGCGGCCCUCAUCGCCUGGUGACGACAUCGAGCCUACGCUCUCUGAAGACCGUUCCAGAGAUAUCAAAAGAGCCAGAACUGCCAAACCCUCUGCUGACGCGGGGAAAUCAGACUCAAGCGCCCAGGUAUCCUCGGCUUUAGACAGAACACCCAAAACCGAUUCCAAUGGAGAUCCAUACUGGGAAAUCUCGCGUCAACGACGUGUCACUAUCUCAACAUUUAGAGGACGCGUGCUAGUAAAUGUGCGGGAGUAUUAUGAGAAAGAUGGGCAAGACCUACCGGGAAAGAAGGGCAUCUCUAUGACAUUAGAGCAAUUCAACAGCCUCGUCACAUUGCUACCUGAAAUAACGACAGUCGUCGAACAAAAGGGCGGCACGGUUAUUCGACCAGACUUCUCAGGCAUUGCCGCUCCCGCUCCCGCUGAGGACGAGGAUAUGUCUGAUGUGGAGCCAACCGUUCCUGAAAAAUCCAGAUCAAGCUCCAAAUCCAAGAAGGAAUCUCCUAUCAAGAACUUCGAGGCUACAAGCGACGAGGAAGAAGACGAAUAA